ACCUGUCCAGACUUGCCACCAGUGUCCUAGAGCCCUAUAAAGGACGAACAGCGAAGACGAGAAUUCAGUUCGUUGGUAGCUGCGGGACUGCAAGGAUCGCCACCUCUCUGUCCAGUGACCAACACUUCAGCAAGUCGGAUAGUCGUCAAACUGUAUAACCAUGGCGUUCCAAUGCGGCCAGUGUGGAAAAGAGUUCAAACAUAGACAGUCUUUUAACCGUCACAAGAAAGCGGCACAUGCCGCGUCACCCACGCACCGCUGCGAGACUUGUGAUCAAAACUUUAUCCGGCUCCACGACUUAAAACGACACCAACAGCAGAAGCACACAUCUGCCGCACCCCAGCAUGAAUGCGAUUUCUGCGGGAAAAAGUUUCCUAGGGCGGACAAGUUGCGAGAACACAAACGAACACAUGACAAACAGCCGACGAGACUAACGUUCCACUGUCGUUUGUGUAACACACCCUUCAACACGGUAGGAGAACUGCAGCGUCAUAGGGAAGAGACACACCCUGAAGACGUACCGUCCACCUCCCGAGGUCACAAGAGGAAACCUUCGGCUAACGCCGACAAAAGUUCACCGAAACGGUCCAGAAAAGUGCAGCCCCUGUCACCAAACGACCUGUUUCCCGUGCAGGAAGACCCGUUGGACAAACCAGAGGACUUGGCUUUAGAGGACGAAGACCCAGCCUUGGAACAGUUGUACAAGAAGAAAUGGUCAAACAUCCGUACACACUUUGAGAGGAAAUCGGUCCAUGAUAUGUAUAAUUUUAGAAUAAACUCUGUCAACGUGGACGACCUGACAGACAAGGUGUGGGCUAUCUUCCGGGACCAAAAGACGUCGUUCAAAAUCAACCUGUCGUACGGGUUCGUCCUGCGUAAUAACGAAGGUGAACUGCGUUAUUACUACCCCUGCGAGAACAACCACACCUUCCUGGAGAAACCGGUGAUAGUCGAUACCGAGGAAGACCUGCAAAGAUUCCUAGACCAAAUAGCCAACAAGGACAUCCUCGAGUAUUGCCGACAGCAGCGUCCCGACUCUAAAUGGAUCGUGCACACCAUUCCCCAUGUAGAGUUUUAUAUCAGCAAACUGGGAAAUCAUCCCAUCGGCGCACCCAAGACCCUCCCCGCGUACAUCGUCCACAACAAAGCCAUCGUCGCCCUUCAAAGCGGAAUGCACGGACCGUUUGACGACAACCUGUGCUUCUUCCGCUGUCUUGCAUCACACUACGGCAAGGAUCCAAAAUCACUGGAGACGGCGACCAAAGACCUCUUCAGGCAAUACCUGGAGGCAGCGGACCUGACCGAGAAAGACUUCUACGGGGUGUCCCUAGAAGACCUGGCUGACAUAGAGAAACUGUUUCAAGUCGACAUCUACGUCUACUCGCUUCGAAUCAGUGAUCAGGAAGACGAGGGAGACGACGCACCGUUUGCCGAACUAGUCAGGCGACCCCUCACUCGCUACAAGAACACCAUGUACCUGAACCUUUACGAGGACCACUUCAGCUACAUUAAGGACUUUAAAAAGUAUGCCAAGUCAUAUGGCUGUCCCUCGUGCGGGAGGAAAUUCAAGCGCGCUUACCACUUGAAAACUCACCAGGCAAAUUGCAUCGGGGCAAUACAGCACGACUACCCUGGCGGGGCGUACAACGGCAGGCAAACCGUCUUUGAACAGCUGGACGACGUCGGCAUCCACGUGGAUCCAGAGGAUCGAUAUUACCCUUACCGUGCGACGUACGACAUCGAGUGCUACUUUAAACCGCUGUCUGAUCAAAACACGGACAAGAUGACGUGGGUGGCCGUACACGAACUGAUGAGCGUCAGUGUCUGCUCCAACGUACCAGGGUUCAUGACGCCUAAAUGCUUCGUCUCCGAGGGUGAUCCGGCCGCUGUUGCUGACAAGAUGUUGGAGUAUCUACAGGAGAUGAGUGAGGCGGCCUACGAAGAUUUGACAGAACAUUUUGCCGACGUUUUUGAACAGAUAAACUCGUUGUACCCGGAUGAUGAUGAUGGCUUCACGACGUCUCAACCGGACAAACAAGACGUCGUUAUAUCGAAAGGAGGAGACGAAGAAGGUGACUGUGAGUUGUCAGAAGAAGAAGAAGACGGAUCCUCCGUAACGUCACGAGAAAACGACUAUGAUUCCACGACGACAGAAGAAGACGAAGAUGGGAAGGGUGAAGAAAAACAGCAAGAAGGGACAGCUUGGAUCGGGAAGUUGCUCGGUCGGCUGCACCACCACCUGCGUCAGUUACCCGUCAUCGGUUUCAACUCUGGGAAGUACGAUGUGAACGCCAUGAAGAAAGUAUUCCUCCCCCUCCUGCACACACAACAGGAGAACCUGCGGCCCAUCAAGAAGGACAACAACUUCAUGUCCAUCGAGACGGAUCAUCUCAAGUUCCUGGAUCUGAUCAACUAUGUGGCGCCCGGGUUCUCCUACUCCCACCUUCUCAAGGCGUACGAGUGCCGGGAGACGAAAGGUUUCUUUCCGUACGAAUGGAUGGACGACCUGAAUAAGUUGGAGCAGACAAGCCUUCCACCUGCCGACGCCUUCUACAGCAAGUUAGACGGGACACACAUUUCUCCAGAGGACUACGUCUCCUGUCAGAAGGUAUGGGAAGAACGCGGCAUGAAGACCAUGAAGGACUUUCUGAUAUGGUACAAUAACAAAGACGUCGUCCCCAUGCUGGAGGCGAUCCAGAAGAUGGUCGACUUCUACAGAGACCUGGGGAUAGACAUGCUGAAGGACGGCAUCAGCGUCCCCGGCCUGACACUCAAGUAUCUAUUUAUGAACUUAGAGUCUGACACAUAUUUUACACUAGUAGACAAGGAAGAUGUGUACAAGUUGUUCAAAGAAAACAUUGUAGGAGGGCCGAGCAUCAUCUUCCACAGAUAUCACCAGAAGGGUGAGACGUUUAUCCGUCAAAAAGUAAUGGAACAUAGUGGUAGACAACCGAAGCUAUGUCAGAAGGUGAUUGGUUUCGAUGCCAACGCCUUGUACCUAUGGUCGUUAAUGCAAAAUAUGCCGACGGGGUAUUACAUUCGGCGGAAGGCAGAGACCGAGUUCGUGAAGGAUUAUUCCGCUCCUUCUCGUGGCCGUAUGGCUACAGAAUGGUUAGACUGGGUAGCCCACAGCCGUGACAUCGUCAUCCGUAACAAAUUCAACAGUACCGAAAAACGUAUCGGUCAUCGCCAAGUACCCGUGGACGGCUUCUGCUCCGCUACCGCGGAAAUUUUCCAGUUCCACGGGUGUUUCUGGCACGGUCACGACUGCUGUCUGACUGAGGGUCUUGAUUUCAACCCAGUACGACAGGAGUCUAUGCCCAACAUACGCGAAGUUACAAAAGAAAUGACCGAAUAUUUGCGGGGGGAAGGGUACAAUGUGAUUGAAAUGUGGGAGUGUCAAUGGCAAGACCUAAAGAGGACAAAGGAGGUCUCUGCCUUUUUGACCAAACGAAAGACUCCUACCGAAAACAGGUACAAAAUGUCCGAAACGGAAAUCCUCCAGGCUGUCCGUGAAGAUGAAUUGUUCGGUGUAGUCGAGUGCGACAUCCAAGUCCCUGCACAUCUCAGGGCACAUUUUUCAGAGAUGCCUCCAAUCUUUAAGAACUGUGAUAUUAACAUCGACGACAUCGGACCCUCCAUGAAACAGUACGCCGAGACACAUGGCAUCAUGUCAAAACCUAGGCGAUCGCUGAUCGGCAGUAUGUUUGGUCAAAAGAUUCUACUUGCGACACCUUUGCUGAAAUGGUAUCUGAAUCACGGUUUGGAGGUGACCCAUGUCUAUCAGGUACUUGAGUACAUCCCCAGGAAGUGUUUUGAACCUUUUGGCCAAAAAGUCAGUGAUGCUCGUCGUGACGGCGAUAAAGACGACAAGAAGAAAAUCAUCGCCGAAACGAUGAAACUCAUUGGCAACAGCGCUUAUGGCAAGACGGUCACGAACAAAGAGAAACAAUCUGACGUUUGUUACUGCGACAGUGCCGUCGGCGCAACUCAAAAGAUCAAUGCUCCCUGUUUCAAGAAGAUUUCCGAGGUAGUCGAUGGUUUCUACGAAAUCGAAACGGGCAAGCGCAAGAUCAAAUUCGACUUGCCACUUCAAAUUGGGUUCUUCGUCUACCAGUAUGCGAAAUUGCGUAUGCUGCAGUUUUAUUUUGACUUUAUGCUCGAGUUUGUGGACAUCUCUGAUUUCCAAUAUUGCGAGAUGGACACAGACUCGGCCUACAUUGCCAUCUCUGCGGACAGGCUGGAGGACGUCAUCAAACCCCACAUGAGGGCGAGGUAUGAAAACGAGAAACACCUCUGGUUCCCCCGCACUGACAACCCCGAACACGCGGCUUACGACAAACGCACCCCCGGUCUGUUCAAGGAAGAAUGGUCCGGGGAUGCGAUUGUGGGGUUGUGUUCUAAAACUUAUUAUUGCUUUGGUGGGGACGACAAAACCCAAGACAAAUUCAGUUGUAAGGGGGUAAGCAAAAGACAGAAUGACAUCACUCUCCAAAAGUACCUGCAAGUCUUGGAGACUCAGAAAAGCGGUCAGGGCGUGAACCGGGGUUUCCGUGUCAGGAACAAUCAAAUGUUGACUUAUACACAGACACGGGACGCGUUUUCCUACUUUUAUCCAAAACGUCAAGUUCAGGAUGACGGUGUCACAACCCUGCCCUUAGAUAUCUAGUGUAUUCAUGUGUAAUUCAAUACGUAUCUAUAUGUCUGUGCAUUGCUGUCAUGUCUACAUAUGCAAGUAAAUGAUAUGUCGUACAUAAAGCUACAACCAGGCAGUUGUUUCUUGAUGAUCUGCGGACACUGAACUGUGGAUACAUAUUCAUUUGCAACAUGUUGCAAGAUGUCUAUUUGCCAAUGUACAUAUUUCGUUCGUUAUGAAAUAAAAUCUCAACAUGAUGUCACACGAUG